GGGGUCCGGCACAUCACGUGACCCCAGGGUGCCAAUGUCCAGUCCUGAGGGUAUCAGGCCCUUGCAAGUUGCCACUCGCGGUCCAGGGCUCUUCCAGUGAUGCAGAAAGCGACCUACUACGAUAAUACAGCAGCUCUGUUCGGAGGUUAUUCCUACCCUGGCAGCAAUGGCUUCGGUUACGACGGGCCCACCCAGCCCCCCUUCCAAUCUGCCACUCACUUGGAAGGAGACUACCAGCGUUCCGCCUGCUCACUCCAGGCUCUGGGCAACACGGCUCCCCAUGGCAAAAGCAAAGAGUUGAACGGCAGCUGUAUGAGGCCUGGCUUGGCCCCCGAGCACCAUUCGGCCCCUCCUCCGGGUUCGCCCCCUCCCAAUACAGCCCCAACCAGCACCAGUAGCAACAGCAAUAAUGCCAGUGGCCCCAGCAAAAACGCUCCCCCCAAAUGCGGCCCUGGCUCCAACUCCACCCUCAGCAAACAGAUUUUUCCCUGGAUGAAAGAGUCAAGGCAAAACUCCAAACUGAAAAACAGCUCCCCCAGCACAGAAAGCUGCGGCGGCGGCGGCGGCGGCAGCGGUGGAGGCGGCGGAGGCGGAGGGGUUGGGGGUGGGGGAGGCGGGGGAGGGGACAAGAGCCCACCGGGAUCCUCAGCCUCCAAACGAGCCCGGACAGCCUACACCAGUGCUCAGCUGGUGGAGCUGGAGAAGGAGUUUCAUUUCAAUCGCUACCUGUGUCGGCCCCGCCGGGUGGAAAUGGCCAACUUACUUAACCUGAGUGAGCGCCAGAUCAAGAUUUGGUUCCAGAACCGGCGGAUGAAGUAUAAGAAGGACCAGAAGUCCAAGGGGCUGGGCUCGUCUUCGGGAGGCCCAUCUCCGGCCGGCAGCCCCCCUCAGCCCAUGCAAUCUACAGCGGGCUUCAUGAACGCCUUACAUACCAUGACCUCCAGCUAUGAGACCCCGUCCCCUCCUGCCUUCGGCAAACCCCACCAGAAUGCCUAUGCUUUGCCGUCGAACUACCAACCGCCACUCAAGGGCUGUGCCGCCCCGCAGAAAUACACGCCCAACCCCGCGCCUCCCGAGUAUGAACCCCAAGUCCUCCAAGGCAACGGGGGAGCCUACGGUACACCGAGCAUGCAAAGCAGUCCUGUGUACGUCGGAGGGGGCGGGUACGUGGAUUCACUGCCGCCCCCUGCUGGUCCCUCCCUGUAUGGCCUCAACCACUUGUCCCAUCACCCGUCUGGGAACCUGGACUACAACGGGGCGCCCCCUAUGGCCCCCAGCCAGCACCACGGACCUUGCGACCCACACCCCACCUACACAGACCUUUCUUCUCACCAUGCGCCUCCUCAGGGUAGAAUCCAAGAAGCGCCCAAAUUGACACACCUGUGAGAGGAGACGUGAGGGAGGUGGGG